AUGGCUAGCAAUCAAGAUUCAGUUUUUGAUCAAGUCAUUCACACAGAUGUGUUUACCGAAUUUCAUUUGACUGAAGGCCCGGUACUGGGUACUGGAACCUACGGGAAAGUGCUUCUUGCUACAUCAAAUGUGUACCCUAAUGCUAAGAUGGCGGUCAAAAUGUUUUACAUGCAUGGACCUGAAGCAGGAGAAAAAGGAAAGAAACGCAACGAAGAGGCCACCAACAUGUUUAUUAAAGAAACAAAACUGAUGAAGCGACUUAAACAUGCUAACAUCAUGCCACUUCUGUCUGCUGUUCAGACACCAUCUACCUUGGCACUGUUCUUGCCACUCUGUGGUCGAGGAAAUCUGAGGGAGUCAAUAAAACACUUAACUCUUGACCAACAGAACAAAUACAUUAAACAGUUGUGCCAAGCAAUCCAGUAUCUGCAUCAGAAGUAUAUUGUCCACUGUGACAUCAAGCUGAGUAACAUUCUUCUUGAUGAUGCUUCUAACUUGAUUCUCUCAGACUUUGGACUUUCUCGGGCAUUGCCCAAUCCGAAUGUAGAGAUUUUUCAGUACUUUGGAACUCUGCUGUAUCGAGCACCAGAAACCUACUCUGAUGAAAGAGUCAAUCCAUUUAAGGUUGAUAUGUAUGCCUAUGGUAUCACUUGCUGGUCUAUAUUGUUAAAGAGGAGACCUGCCAGAGUUAACUUUGUAGAUAUCAUUAAUGCUGACUUAAAUGUUCCAUUUGUUUACAAGAGAAUGGUGACCUCUCUGUUGGUUAGAGACCCAGUCUGCAGACCAACCGCAAACAAGGUCCUGGAGAUGAUUGAACAAAUGUAA